AUGGGCGAGAAGUACCCAGUAGCCGUCAAGAUAUUGAAGAAACACUAUGAUAGAUCUGCAAGCAUCGCAGACAUCUUGAUCAACGAAAUCGAACGACUACCGCGAGCUCACGAAAACCCAAGGAGUUGCCGUGAAACUCUUGAAGCAAUCUCUUCUCGCAUAAUACAUUUGGAACAGACCGGACUACCAAUGAACGCUGAUCGAAUGUGGAGGCGUCUGAUUCUGUCUAAGUUCACAGAAUUCAUCUGCAGCACAGUAAUCAGGGAGGAAAAUGAAGCUGGAUACUCCUUCAAUGUGAACGAGAUUAUCGAAUCCAUCGAUGGAAUAAUUGCUCUGCAGGAAACAACCGAACUCACAACGAGGACGCUAUUCGGUUUUGAUGGAAGUCACUGCGAAGAUGACUACGACCACAGC